AUGGGAGACACACCAAAAAAAAUGAGCCUCAUGGAUAUCACUAAAAUGUUCUCUAUGCUCCAGCCCGGAGAAGAUGAAGACGACAACGGAGAAAGCGGGGAGCUGAACCGAGCGGUGUCCAAGGACGAUUACCAAACCCUGGACAACCUCUUGUCCCAGGACAGGUACAGGAGGUUCAUCAACAGCAGGAGUGGUUGGGGGGUACCCAGCACCCCGCUGCGCCUGGCAGCCGCCAAGGGCCACAUCAGGAGCAUGAAGGUCCUCUUGGCGCAUGGGGCAGAGGUGGACAGCCUGGACGUGAAGGCUCAGACCCCGCUCUUCAUGGCGGUCAGCAACGGCCACCGGGAAUGCGUGAGGGUCCUCCUGAACGCGGGGGCCAGUCCUGCCGGCAGCAUCUACAACAACUGCUCGCCGCUGCUUAUCGCCGCCAGGGAUGGGGACGUGGACAUCCUGCGGCAGCUCCUGGACCACGGCGCCGAGACUAACGUUCAGGCGAGGCUGCCCGAGUGGGCAACCAACUCGGUGGCUUGUUCUGGUCCCCUCUACCUCGCUGCCGUGUACGGGCACCUGGAGUGCUUCAAGCUGCUGUUGCUUUACGGCGCUGAUCCCGACUAUAACUGCACUGAGGAGAGGGUGAUUGCCCGGAUCAAGGAGCCCAAGACUGUGCUGGAAACCUGCCUGGGGCACGGCUGCAGGAGAGAGUUCAUCGAGCUGCUCAUUGACUUUGGAGCCAACGUCUACUUGCCCAACAUCAUGGUAGAUCAGAUGGCACCCCACAGCGAGGGCCUGGAGCUGCUGCUGCAGGCGAGAGCUCAUCCCAAGUCCUUGCUGUCCCAGUCCAGACUGGCGAUGCGACACCUCCUGAAGCAGGCUGGCCACCCGCACGCCCUGGGUGAGCUGGAGAUCCCCACGGUCCUGGCGAACUACCUCCGCCAUCAGCCACAGAGCGCAGCCCGCGAGAG